GGCGCACAACGGCGUUGAACAUGAGUUUGUAGCUGUGGCAUCUCGUUAAUCAGCCCGUUUAGAGCAGACACCGUUUCCUCGGGGCGCCGCAGGGCCAGUGGCUGACAGCUGCGGCGUAGGAGCCGAGUUGACCAUAUAUGGGCAAAGCCAGGCGUAGGGGAAUGCUCCGUUCGCUUCCGUGUUUGUACGAUAAGGGAGUCCGCUGCCGGGGUGGGUUAGCUGUUUCAUUCAGUUUGGAGGUACAAGCGAAGAAGCAGCAGAAAUCAUGUCAUGUGAAUUGAAGCAUGUAUUCGCCAGUCUCCCGCAGAUGGAGAGGGGAGUCGCCAAAGUGCUCGGCGGGGAUCCCAAAGGCAACAACUUUCUCUAUACCAAUGGGAAGAGCGUCAUCAUCAGGAACAUUGAAAACCCAGCAAUAGCAGACAUCUACACAGAGCAUCCACAUCAAGUCACUGUUGCCAAGUACUCUCCCAGUGGAUUCUACAUUGCCUCUGCAGAUGUGUCGGGUAAGAUCAGAAUCUGGGACACUACUCAAAAGGAGCACCUGCUCAAGUACGAGUACCAGCCUUUCUCGGGCAUAAUCAAGGACAUUGCCUGGACGGAGGAUAGCAAGAGGAUUGCGGUGGUGGGGGAGGGACGAGAGAAGUUUGGAGCAGUGUUCCUGUGGGACUCCGGUUCCUCGGUUGGAGAAAUUGUCGGACACUUCAAAGUUAUCAACAGUGUAGACAUCAAGCAGACACGCCCAUACCGCCUUAUCACUGGCAGUGAUGAUACCACUGGUGCCUUCCUUGAAGGGCCCCCCUUCAAGUUCAAAUUCACAUUAACUGGCCACAACCGUUUUGUCAACUGUGUCCGAUUCUCACCAGAUGGAAAUCGCUUUGCCACAGCCAGUGCUGAUGGGCAGAUCCUCUUGUAUGAAGGAAAAACAGGUGAAAAGAUUGGCUCACUAGGUGGAGAGAAAGCUCAUGAUGGUGGCAUCUAUGCUGUGAGCUGGAGCCCUGACAGCUCCCAGCUGAUCUCUGCCUCGGGGGAUAAGACGGUGAAGCUAUGGGAUGUUGGCUCAGGCACGGCUGUAACCACUUUCAAUAUGGGCACUGAUGUCGUGGACCAGCAGCUGGGCUGCCUAUGGCAGAAAGACCACCUCCUCAGCAUUUCCUUGUCAGGAAAUAUCAAUUACCUGGACAAGAACAACCCUGACCGGCCUCUACGCACCAUCAAGGGUCACAGCAAGUCAAUCCACUCUGUAACGGUUCAUAAAAGUGAAGGAAAGACAUGCAUCUACUCUGGGAGUCAUGAUGGACACAUCAGUUACUGGGAUGCAGACACAGGUGACAACGAUAACUUCCUGGGCAAGGGGCACAGCAAUCAGGUGAACAAGAUGGUGGUGGAUGAAGUGGGCCAACUGGUCAGCUGCAGCAUGGACGAUACAGUGCGCUUCACAAACCUGAGCAAGAAUGAGUACAGUGCCUCUGAUGUGGUGAAAAUGGAUGUUCAGCCGAAAUAUGUUGCAGUCGCACCAGGGGGGCUGACACUAGCUGUGUGCAUUGAACAGCUGGUCUUGCUGAAGGACAAGAAGAAAGUUUUCACGUUGGACAAUUUGGACUAUGGUCCAGAGGUUGGAGCAAUCCACCCUGGGGGCAGCACUGUUGCUGUAGGGGGAGCAGAUGGGAAGGUCCAUCUGUACACCAUUAAUGGCAACACUUUAAAAGAAGAGGGCCAGACUCUUGAGGCCAAAGGGCCAAUCACAGAUAUAGCCUACUCCAACGAUGGUGCUUAUCUUGCUGUUACAGAUGAGAGGAAAGUUAUAACAGUGUUCAUCGUGGCAGAUGGGUACUCGGUCAAAAAUGAGCAUUAUGGUCAUCAUGCAAAAAUAAUGACCAUUGCCUGGUCUCCUGAUAAUGAACACUUUGCCACUGGUGGGAUGGAUAUGAUGGUGAUCAUCUGGACAGUUGCUGAUGCAGAUAAAAGGAUUAAGAUCCAAGAUGCUCACAGGUUGUACCAUGUCAGCAGUCUGUCUUGGGUAGAUGAGCACACUCUCGUCACCACUUCCCAUGAUGCCAGCGUCAAGCAGUGGACUGUUAAAUUCUAAGGCCUCGUGCAGACACAUCCACAUCUCCAGGGACAAGGACUGUUGUAGAACUCACUCUUGUUUUUUUUUCUCUUCCUUUUUAUAUCUGUGUCUAUGAGGUCUCUACUGUCUGCAGUUAAACCCCUCAAUUGUAAAUUAUCAAUAUGGCAGGGAAAGGCUAUUAUUAAGAAAGGUAUUGGAGGUUUGUCUCUUUAUGUUUGUAGUGACGGUUAACGCAGGAGCAAGGUGAUGGAAAUGCCAUGUUAAGUGUUUUACAUCUUUUUGAGCUCAAUGGAACCAGGUUCACAGCUUACAAACCUUGUAGGCUCAACAUUCCAUAGGCAAGAGCCUUCUCUCUGUUCAAACUGAAAUGCUUGUCUGAUUGGGCACAGCACAAUAUGGGUGAACCAGAAAUGUUUUAAUAGCUCAGUCUUGUCAAAUAUUGGAAGUUUUGAUUACAUUCCUGAAAUGUUGAGGAAUUGGGCCUAACUGCACCUUAAUUCCUUUUUUCUUUCAGUAAAACUGGUAAAUGUUCAUGUUUCAUAGGGGUGGGCAUUCUGCUUUUCUCUGCAUCUUAAGCUCCAUGUUAUGUCUGUCAUUUGGAGAAUAUAGUGGUGAUCAGGGGCGCAAUAAUAGGACAUUUUAAAAGACAAUUAAUAUAAUGUGUAUGAAAUGCUGUGUAUUCAAUGACGCUCUGGUAGUUUUGCCAUUUUUGUUUCGCCUCACCCUUGUCUUUUUUUUUUUUUUUUUUGGACUCAUCACCUUCUUCAAAGAAGGAAAUCAUUCACAGUUAUGACAAUAAUAAAAACUUUUUAUGCAUUUUCCCA